AUGCCUCAAUCCUCACGAGAAUCCAGGUUUUCAACGCGCGACGGCGAUGAUGCACGCCGUGACCAUUCACGUCACGAAGAGCGAUCCCGGCAUCACCGCGACAAGAGAUCGCUCUCGCCAAAUGGAAGCCCGCAAAGGCACUCGUCUGACCGCAGGAAACGAACAGCGUCUCCCCGAGACAGUGACAGAGACCGGGACAGGGAAAGGGAGCAUAAGAAACGACGCUCGGCUGAAGGACACCACCAUCAUCACCACCAUCGCCACCACCACCACCACUCCUCCUCGAGUCGCACUGAGAAGCCCUGGGCCGCGGAGCUGCCCUUCGGGGCGCGGCAUCUCUCAAAGGACGACUUGAAGGCGUUUGAACCGUUGUUUGGGGAGUACCUGAGCUUGCAGAAGCAGCGUGACAUUGCCGGCAUGGACGAGCGGGAAAUUCGGGGCCGAUGGAAGAGCUUCGUGGGCAAGUGGAAUCGGGGGGAGCUGGCGGAGGGGUGGUAUGAUCCUGAAAUGUUCCAGCGAAUACUCGCGCGGCACCCGACGACCGAGGGGCAGCGUGAAAGAGAAGAGCGACAGCAGCAGCAGCAGAAGCAGUACUCUUCACGAGAUGUGUCUGUUGAAGACGACCGUUACAACAGCGGUGGCGAUGACAGCGAGGACGAAGACUACGGCCCUGUUCUUCCUGGUGCCUCGGGCGGAAGCCGCCGGGUUGGCGUUGGGAUCCCGAACAAGGAGGACCUUGCUCUACGGGACGAGCUUGUGGAAGAGUCAAGAGAGGCGGACCGGGAAGGACUACGAGCGGCCCGCAAAGCCGACCGCAAGCUACAAAAGGAACGCCUGGAGGAGCUGGUGCCCCGCGCCGAGGCCGGGACGCGCGAGCGCAAGCUGGAGAAGCGGCAAGAGGUCAACGACAAGAUGCGGCAGUUCCGGGAGAAGAGCCCCGGCGGGGAGGUGCGCGACAGCGAGCUGAUGGGCGGCGGCGACAGCCUGGAGGAGUACAAGAAGGCCAAGGAGAGGGAGCAGCGGCGCAAGUCGGAGCGGGAGAUUCGGCGGGAGGAGAUGGAGCGGGCGAGGAGGGAGGAGAUUGAGGCCAAGAGGAGGGCGUGGCAGGAGAAGGAGGACCGGACGGUGAGCAUGCUGAGGGAGCUGGCCAGACAGCGGUUUGGGGGGGUUUAG